AUGGUGAUAUCAAGAUUUGUUCAGAGCAAGGGAAGGGUAUUGCAAGUUGAAUUCAUUGGCUAAGGUUUAAAGAACAUGCAAUAUUGCAGUGAAAUAUUCAUCAGAAAGUUCCUUGGCAGACCCAAUUUGACUGAAACAGAAAUAAUGAAGCAGAAAAUGCCACCUUCACUUUCACCUUCACCACCACCCCCACCAUCACCACCUACAACAGCAAGGAGUUUCUUGUCGAAGCAGCACAAUGAUAGGUCCCUGCAUAGUUCAUCACCAUCACCAACAACACGUUUGAGGGGUUCUUACAAGGCUAGAGAAUCUCCAAAGACACCACCUGAAUCUGUUGUUAAUGGGGUUGUGCCGGUUGUUUCAUCGAAAAGAGCCAAGUCAGUGCCACCAGACAUGAAGAACAAUUCAAAAGCCAAAAGGGGCGUUGUGUUGAGCAAUAAGGCUAAGCCAAAUGAAGAGGUUGUGGUUUUAGGGUCUCAGAAAGCAGUUGAGGAAGCUAAGGUUGUUGUUGGUCGUUUUGUGAGGAGCCAGCAUGGUAGUGUGGAACAGUUUGCUAGGCCAAGGAGAAGGGUGAUUGGGGAUUCAGGGUUGAGUAGGAGAAUUGAAGAUGAAGCUGAUGGUGUUGUGAAGAGGAAGGAGAAAGAGUUGCCGGAGAAGCUUGAGUUGAGUGAGAAUUUGAUCAAGGAUUUGAAGUCUGAGGUGGUGGCCUUGAAGGCUGAGUUGGAUAGAGUUAAGGGUUUGAAUGUGGAGCUUGAAUCCAAGAACAAGAAGCUCAGUGAGGAUCUUGCUGCUGCUGAAGCUAAGAUGGUAGCAGCUGUUGGUACCAGUGGCAAGAAGGAGGCAAUUGGAGAACACCAGAGCCCCAAAUUCAAAGACAUACAGAAACUCAUUGCUGACAAAUUGGAAAGGUCUAAAGUGAAAAAAGAAGCCACUCCUGAAGCGAUUUUUCGUAAAGCUUCUUCAAUACCGUCUCCAACAGCAACAAUUCAUGUCAAUAAUGAAUCCAAAAGUAUAGAGAGAAAGUCUCCACCAAACCAGUGCUUGCCACCACCUCCUCCGCCUCCGCUGCCACCAUCAAUGCCGUCUCGGCCUUUAGCAAAGUUAGCUAGCGCCCAAAAGGCCCCACCACUUGUUGAAUUAUUUCACUCCUUAAAGAAUCAUGAUAUGAAGAGAGACAUAAAAGGGCCUCUGAAUCAUCCGCAACCGGUAGCUAUUAGUGCACACAGUAGCAUUGUCGGAGAAAUUCAGAACCGUUCAGCUCAUCUUUUAGCAAUAAGGGUAGACAUUGAAACAAAAGGGGAGUUCAUCAAUGACCUUAUCAAAAGGGUGGAAGAUGCAGCCUACAUGGACAUUGAAGAAGUCUUAAAAUUUGUUGAUUGGCUUGAUGGUGAACUAUCCUCAUUGGUGGAUGAGCGUGCUGUCUUGAAACAUUUCAAGUGGCCUGAGAAGAAAGCUGAUGCGAUGCGAGAGGCUGCAGUUGAGUAUCGGGAGCUUAAGCUAUUAGAACAGGAGAUUUCCUCCUACAAGGAUGACCCCGACAUUCCAUGUGGAGCUGCCUUGAAAAAAAUGGCCAGCCUCUUAGACAAGUCUGAACUGAGCAUACAGAGGUUAAUCAAGCUGCGAAAUUCUGUCAUGCGUUCGUACCAAGCGUACAACAUUCCAACCGCUUGGAUGCUUGAUUCGGGGAUAAUGAGCAAGAUAAAGCAGGCUUCCAUGACUCUAGCCAAGAUGUACAUGAAAAGAGUGACAAUGGAGCUCAAAUCCAACCGGAACACAGACAGAGAAUCUAGCCAAGAUUCUCUUCUGCUUCAGGGUGUUCAUUUUGCAUACAGAGCUCAUCAGUUUGCUGGAGGCCUAGACUCGGAAACACUGUGCGCUUUCGAAGAGAUAAGGCAACGCGUGCCGGGACACCUUGCAGCAGGGUCUAGAGAACUUUUGGCUGGCAUACCAAUGGCAAUCAUCAUGAAAAGCCAUUGAUUUUCUUCUACUAUACCCUUUUGGACUCUUGGUUGUCACCACCAAAAGCUGGAAUACUAACAUUCAUUACUAUUAUUCUUUUUUGUUUUUCCUCCUUAUCUAUCUCCCUCCAAUGGUCCCAAAACAGAAGAGAUAACAAAAAUGGAGAAACACCACAUAUUCACAUCACAAUCAUGCAUGAGAUGAGGUUGAUCUUUAUGAAGAGGGAAUGGCUAAUAUGCUAUCAAAAUGGUUACAAACUAGCAGCUUCCAAUAUCAACAUGUCACAAUCUAGGAAUAGGAUAUUUUAGUUCAGUGUUAUUAAAUUUCAACAGUGAAUUUGUUUGGUGUAUGUACUUGUGUUUAUUGCUGUAAUAACAACAAAUAAUUACGAGUAAAAAUGUUUACUGUGUGCAGGUUCAUAUAACUAAAUGUUUACUUAGU